UGGGGUGUUAAAGGAAAGGCUGUUGACUUCCUCUCUUCACGUCAGCUGGGUCCAUUCAGGGCUCCGGGCAUCUGUGGUGACUUGUCUACUCUAAUGCUGCAGAAUGUGGCAGAUGCUAUCACCAACGGCUUUGCUACUUCUGGUUUCAGCUGGCACACGAGCUGAUCACCCCAAGGCUAAGGUGACCCUAGACCCUCAAUGGAACAGGGUGCUCAAGGACGACGAGGUGGUUCUGAGGUGCCAGGGAUCCUACUCCUCAGAGGACCAUUUUACACAGUGGUUUCACAACGGGACCGUCAUAGAAAACCAAUCCUCCAGCUACUCCAUCGCAGCUGCCAGAGUUGAAGACAGUGGAGUGUACCAGUGCAAGACAGCCCUCUCACCACUCAGUGACCCAGUGCAACUAGAAGUCCACACAGACUGGCUGUUGCUCCAGGCCUCUCGGUGGGUGUACGAGGAGGGGGAUCCCAUUGUGCUGAGGUGCCACAGCUGGAAGAACAAGCAUGUGCACAAGGUCCAAUAUUUCAAGGAUGGCAGAGGCAGGAAGUUUUCUUAUCAGAAUUCUGAGUUCCACAUUCCAAAAGCAAGACAAGAAGACAGUGGCUCCUACUUUUGCAGGGCGCUUAUCGGGCCUAGUAGAAACGAGUCUUCAAAGGCUAUGAACGUCAUUGUUAAAGGUCCUACAAUUCCACCCGACUCACCACUUUUUCCAUCUUGGAUCCAAGUCACUUUCUGCCUGGUGAUGGGACUCCUGUUUGCAGUGGACACGGGGCUGUAUGUCUCUGUGCAGAGAGACCUUCGAAAUUCAAUGAGAGACCAGAAAAAUGUCAAAGUCACAUGGAGCCGGGGCUCUUAGGACAAAUGGGGGUAAUAAAAGAAGCAUCCCCAUCCCAAAUGGGUAAUAAAGCAGCAUCUCUGAACCUCUCUCUAGAUUCACAACCCUAUCAUCCCCAACAGGCAUCUCUGGGAGCAGAAGGAAAACUACACCUCAUAGUAUAGCCUGAAGGUCCUUCACCCCACUGCAUUUUCUCUUAGUCUCCAAUGGAAAGGAAAGGUCUGUGAUCUUAAAGAGCCAACAGAGAAGCCCUAGGGAGUAGCUACAUUACCAGGAAUUGAAGUCUCAGAGCUACACAGAUACUUUCUCUGUCCCAACCGUUCAUCCCAGCAACGCAACAAUACAGCCUCCAGAUGGUGACCCUUGAUUAUGAACAUUGUUCUUAAGUAAUUGGAUAAGUAGGUAAGAGAAUCAAUGGUGAGGGCCAGCUGGGGAGUGGUCUGCAUCUGUUGCUGCAGGACAAGUUGCCUUCAAGGCACCUUAAAACUCCUUCCGGACAGACUGUGGGGAUUGCUGGGGGUCUAGGAGAGACAGCAGAACCAAUGAAGGGGGUGGCUGAGAAAGGACAGGGUAGUCCAGGACAGACCAGAGGAGAUCCCCGCAGAGGCUGUCUUCCUAGAACACGAGCCAUGGGGGAGGUAACAGAAAAUCACAGUGGUGAUGGAGAAUGGAGUUUUUCAGGGGAGGCCCUGUCAGAAUUGGGAUAGUCUGGGAGUAUAUAAUGAUGAACUUUUUUAAUGUCAUGAGUAGAAAACGGUCCUAGGAAGAGGGCUGGGGGUUGGGGGUAUUUGGAUAAGAAAACACGGAACAAAGCCUGUGUCCACAUGAAGGAAAGCAGCAUUGCUGUCGCAGAUUAAGCUCAGUGAACAGAGAUAUGUCAGCGUCUGAACUGAGAAAGCACAACAAGAAAGAGUCAACUACAACUGCACAGGAAGGAAUGGGCAGGAGGUAAGGAUGCUUUUGUCGCCAGGACAGUAAGAAUUAGAGAAAGGAGGGGCAGGGACUAUAAAACCUGCUUUUCAGCUUCAGUAUUAAAUUCAGGUAUAGCUUUGUUCACGUUAUUCAUUAAACAAAUGUUGGCUAACCAACACUAAAUGUACUAAACUCCACCGAGUUAAAUUAUGAAACUUUGAAAUCCUUUGAAUGUCAGUAACAAUGGAGCAGGAAUGGAGAAGCCAAUCGUUGCUUAUGGAAGAAUACUUUAGCUAUCUCUUUCUGUUUCAGAAGCUUUAAACAGAUCAUUUCUUGAUUCCAAUAAAGCAUUUUACAAGAUUUUGCAUGGUACUCUCAGAAGAUGGAAAAACCAUGGUAAUAAAACAUGAAUGACAAAA